AUGGAGAAAUCCAUUGAAAUCAAUGGCAGCAACGAAUACAAACUACCACACAUGAAGAAAGAUGCCGCGAUUGCGUACCUGGCGUUCUUCAACGUCGAGUGUGAUGCAGCGAACUACGAGGGCCCCUUGAUACACUUGAACAAUCGCCUGUUUCAAGCGGAGUCGGCGAUGAAAAUGAGCCACGACCACGACCUCAACAUUUUGUUUGGCAAUUAUGAUUUUUCCACGACGUGUGCGUGGACACACUGGGCCGGCGCUGCUGUUUGGGCCAAACGCCAAGCACCGAUUUGCAAAAUGGCUCAGUACAACGUGCACGGCGUCACAAGACACCGUUUUGGCGAUGGGACUCAAUGUGUCGACGAUUGGAACGCAUUCCUUGCGAAAGGGGGUCGCAACCGCAUUAACGAACACUCCCGGGGGGGGGGGCAAGCAGUGUCAGUAUGA